AUGCAGGGCAAGGCAGGCUUCCAGAGAAACAAACCGCGGGGGGUUAAGAACGAACUGAGUCAGGCACAAAUUAACCAAAGAAUUAAAAACAUCAAUUUGACCAAGCGGCUAAUAUCUUAUGAGAGGUACAUCAGUGCUGUUCCAAAAGAAGAGAGAAGGGAAGAUAUGAAAAAUGAUUGGCACCCGGAGACUCCGCGCAUUAACAGGAAUCUGAGCUUGUCACAAUGGAAUAAAGAAAUGAAAAAAUGGAGGAAGCAGGUACACGCCUGGGGCAACAUGUCUGAGGAGGUCCACAGGUACAUCUGUAAUUUGCCCGCUCUGGAGAAGUAUAAUUAUUUAUCCAAGUUAAAAUUGCCUGAACUGAGUCAGGUUGAAAUAGCAAAUGUGAAAAAGAAAAAUGAAGAAAUUGCAAGUAGGACGUUGAAGAAUGUUGUGCAGGCGGGAGAUGACCUCGUUGAUGAGGGCAACUAUGGUAGUGAUGGUAGGGGGCACCCACUAACCCCCGACCGCAUACUCGAUAAGCCGCUUUUUUUUUUGCCUCACAAUUUCAAUGGCACCAUAUUGAACAACAAAUUUGUUGUUAUUAAACGGGAUGCCUUAGAGGACUCCCUACACGCGUUGAGGAGAAAUUAUGAGGGAAAAUAUCGGCCUCUGUAUGAAAAGUAUUGUGCAUUAUAUGUAACACCCAUGGGUAGAGACAGCAACAAGGAAGAGAAAUCCCAAGUGGACGACAUUACUGUUUUUGGCAAGAGGGGGACAGAUGUAUCGCCUAAUGAUGUGAUGAGGACGUACAUGGAGCAACAGAAGGGGGAGGCCUGCCAGUACCUUCAUCCAGUUUAUGUAAAGUAUAAGACUAAGAGUGGAUACGCAAGGGAUAAAAUGAAAAGAAGGUUUUAA